CAAGAACGAAUAACACAUGCAUUCCUUUCUCUCUCUCUCUCCAUAGAUAAGGGCGGCUUUCACUCUCUCUCUUUCUUCUCUUCUCUAUGCGCGCGCAACCUCUCACAAACGCACACACACACUUCCGCAGACUAUGUUGAUUCUCUCUGCUCCAUCUCACUCUUGCACCUUUGCCACUGCUAGGGUUUCAUCUGCUAACUCCAAGCUCCGUCAGAUUUCCUGCUCUCUCUCCGUCCAAUCGAUUGGCCGGCGGCGCUGUGGUUAUUCAUUCGUACUCUAUUGCUAUACUAAGGCAAGAGAAAUGAAGGAAAAUGAGGCGGCGGAAGUAUCUGUUGUAGCUUCCGAGGAGAUCGAGCUUGGACAUUCACGUGCAUUUCUUGAUAUUCGAACUGAAGAAGAUCUGCUUUCUGGAAUUAGAAGAGAAAAGGAAAAAGGAAAGCUUCCUCCAAAUAUUGCUGAAGGAAUGGAAGAACUUUACUGGAAUUACCGAAAUGCAGUUUUCCAAAGUGGUAUCCCCAAGGCAGAUGAACAUGUUCUUUCCAACAUGUCCAUAGUUCUUGAUAGAGUUUACAGGGAUGUGGAGGAUCCUUUUGUCUUCUCACCCUAUCACAAAGCCAUAAGACAACCAUUUGACCACUAUAUGUUUGGACAAAAUUAUAUCCGCCUCUUGGUGGAUUUCAGGAACUCAUAUACUGGCAACAUACCUCUUUUUGGUGAAAUAGAAGAUAACCUUCGAAAGGGCCACAAUGUUAUACUGAUGUCUAAUCAUCAAACAGAGGCAGAUCCGGCCAUUAUUGCUUUGUUACUUGAAGCAACAAAUCCUUAUAUUGCUGAAAACUUGAUCUAUGUGGCAGGUGACAGAGUGAUUACUGAUCCUCUUUCCAAGCCCUUCAGCAUGGGAAGGAAUCUCUUGUGUGUGUAUUCCAAAAAGCAUAUGAAUGAUGUUCCUGAGCUUGCUGACAUGAAGAAAAAAGCAAAUACAAAAAGUUUGAAGGAAAUGGCCGUGCUUUUGAGGGGUGGAUCACGAAUAAUAUGGAUAGCACCGAGUGGUGGAAGGGAUCGCCCUGACCCUAUCACAAAUGAAUGGUUCCCGGCACCCUUUGACGUUUCUUCAGUGGACAAUAUGAGAAGGCUAACCGAGCAUGCUGGUGUUCCUGGUCACAUUUACCCCCUAUCUUUAUUAUGCCAUGAUAUCAUGCCUCCACCUCCUCAAGUUGAGAAAGAAAUUGGAGAGAAAAGAAUAAUUUCUUUCAGUGGAACCGGAUUAUCAGUAGCACCCGAAAUCAGUAUCCAUUCAAUUGCAGCUAGUUCCGGGAAUCCUGAAGAGGUUAAGGAAGCUUAUUGCAAAGCUCUGUACGAUUCGGUGGUUGACCAAUAUAGUGUGCUCAACCGUGCUAUACAUGGAAAGAAAGGCCUUGAAGCAUCUGUUCCGAGUGUCUGCUUAUCACAACCGUGGAACCAGGCUGCCUCUUGAACAUAAACAAUUUUCUCAUUUUACAUACUUCUGAUCAGGUUUGUUGAGUUUGGACUGGAAUUGUUUGCCUUUCUCUUGCGCAAUAUAUUCAGGUGGUAGGUCAAACUAAUAUUUCCUCAACGGCACUUCCGAACUCUCUGCCCGUUCCAAAUUUGGGCAACAUUCAGAUCCGGUAACUUCGACUUCAUGGUAUAUACACUAUAUUUUUGCCCGAUUCAUUCACUUGUAAAGUAUUUUGCAGAGUCUUCUAAGCAUGAGAUCUCUUAUUUACACUGUUAAUCCUUUUUUUUGAGAUUAAUUUUCUAAUGAUAAUGGUUUU